AUGGAAACUAACUGCACGAGCUCCACAUCUAUGGCUAAUUGUAUUUUGAAUGACAGUAUUGAUUAUCCUAAUUUAUCGAACGUGGGUUUAUCAUAUGUAUUUCAAUUCUGGUUUUUAUUACUAUGUGAAAUACCAUCUCUUAUUUGUUAUCUAACAGUUUUCAUUUACAUUUUGUGUGAAAAGAGACAACGUCGUGCUCUUUAUAAUCAUACCAUACUUGUUCUUCUAUCCGCUGCGUUUGUGAUGGUUGCUUUUGACUAUUCGUGGACAAUCGAUAGUUGUUAUCACAAUGGACAAGUUUGGUUAGCUCAACCAUUGUUUUGCGAAAUAUGGUGGAUGUUGGAUUACGGAUUUUUCAAUGCUUGCACGGUCAUUCUUGCAUGGUCAUCAUUUGAACGACAUAUUCUCAUUUUUCAUUCUUCUCUAUCAAACACUAGACGAAAACGAUUGAUAUUUCAUUAUUUUCCGCUGAUAUUCUUAGUCACGUACCUAGGAGUCUUCUACAUAUACGUAAUCUUCUUUGCGUCCUGUGAGAAUCAGUACGACUAUGGGUCUCCUGUGUGCGGAGCGUAUCCAUGUUACUUGGCAAUUCCAUUACUAGCAAUGUGGGAUUCUGUUGGUCAUGGUACUGUUCCUGCGUUUCUCAUAGUUAUUUUAAAUAUUGGUUUACUGUUGCGUGUUAUAUGGCAAAAACGUCACCAUCAUCGAAACUGGAGGAAAUUCCGAAAGAUGGCUUUGCAAUUACUUUCCAUAGCGUUUAUUUACAUUUUUGUUAAUUUUCCACCGUUGAUUAUCAAUAUUGUUCAGUUAAGUGGUUAUUCGGAUUGGGGAGCUCAAGUAUUCGUUUAUCUAUUCUUCUUCUCAACGUUGACGCAGUUCUUGUAUCCGUUUGCUUUUCUGAUCCAUUUACCUGGUGUCGGACUCUAUGUUAAGAAGUGCUUCAUCAGGGAACACCUACGUGUUGAGCCUGAUAGAACAUGA